AUGUUUUCAGGUGAGUAUUUCUUUUCAGGUGAGCAUCAUGAAUAUUUAAAAAGUUUUCAGGUGAGUAUUUCUGAAUUUGCCGCACUAAAUUCCGAAAUUUCAUUACCACCAGCAGUGGAUAAUGAUUCGCCACCGCUAUCAGUAAUCAAAUAUCAUAUCUUAUCUGGAAAUGUUAACAAUGCAUUCAGAUUAUCAAGUAAACGAAUCAAUUCGAUGUUAUAUGCUGAUUUAAUUGUAAAUGGACAAUUGGAUCGAGAAUAUCGUAGUCAUUAUGAACUUUUGAUUGAAGCUUUAGAUGGUGGCAAUCCACCAAAUAGCGGUAAGAUGCUUGUUAAUGUGACAGUUUUGGAUGCAAACGAUAAUGCACCAGAGUUUAAUCAAAAUGGAUACAGUGCAUCUAUCCCAUGGAAUGUUUCAAUGGAUUACGUAGUUGUAACAGUUCAUGCUAUAGAUCCUGACCUCGGUGAAAAUGCUCGAGUAGCUUACUCUAUUGCAAAGAAUCGUGCUGAUUUGAAGCUUCCAUUUCAAAUUGAUGGUAAAAGUGGUAUAGUACGAGUAAGUGAUCCAGAACUUCUUGUUUCUGGUUCAGUUUAUCAACUUUUAAUUGUUGCAAGUGAUCAUGGACUACCUCAACCACUUGAAUCAACAACUUUUCUAACUAUUACAGUUGAGAAAAGUGAUCAACCAAAGCUUCUCUUUGAUAUCUUUUGGCUUACUGAUAGUAAUAAACCAGAAGUUUAUGAAAAUAUUACAAUAGGAUAUGUUAUUGCUCGGAUUACUGUACAAAAUGCGCCUCAAAAAAG